AUGGUAGAACGAGCCUGGUCCCUCCCUUUGACGGACAUCCCCAGGGAGGGGCAUGGUUGGUCCCUGGCAGGUUCAGACAGGCCGAGAGAGCCCCGCGGCUGUGAGAAAGCUGAAGCUUCCUUCCCCCUUCCUGCCUGCCCUCUGCGCACCCUCCCUGCUGCCACACAGCUGAUGAAGUGCUCGUGGAGGACUAUGAUGGCAACAGAGGAGGCUGCAAGCUGCCAGGUGGCCCGCUGGCCCUGGGCACCCAUCCUGAGGGUGACUAUCCCGGUGCUUCUUGGCAUAGGCACAUGCUACCUCGUCUGCAACCUGUGCUUCAGGCAGCAGCAGCAGCUGGAUUCAACCAGGUGGGACUUAGCAGAGCUCCAGCUGAAUCACACAGGGUCGCGGCAGGACCCCAGGCUACGCUGGCAGGGGAGCCCCGCCCUGGGACGCUCCUUCCUGCAUGGGCCAGAGCUGGACGACAACGGGCAGCUGCGGAUCCAACGUGAUGGCAUUUAUAGGCUGCACAUCCAGGUGACAUUAGCCAACUGCUCCUCCUCCACGUGGACCGCCGAGCCCCAGAGAGCCACGCUGACGGUGGCCAUCUGCUCCCCUGCCGCCCACAGCAUCAGCCUGCUACGCCUCAGCUUCCACUGCGGAGCCUGCUGGGUCGCCUCCCAGCGCCUCACCUUCCUGGCUCGCGGGGACAUUCUCUGCACCAACCUUACUCUGCCUCUGUUGCCUUCCAGAAACGCUGAUGAGACUUUUUUUGGGAUUCAGUGGGUGCGCCCUUGA